GUUUUUUCAGUUUAAUUUCGUUUUUAUUUUUGCGAAAAAUCGUAAACUGGAAAUCGCGUCUGAAAAAUGUUGGGCCCGGGGGAAAAUUCAAAUGACGAAACGGGUUUCACAGUCAAGGUCGUCGCUUCCGUUCGACGUCGACGUCGACGCUGUUGCUGCACGCAGCAGAAAUCUACAAAUCUAACAGUAACUUCUGCUGCUGCUACUGCUGCUGUUUUUGUUGUUGUUGCCAUGUUUGUGAUUAUGUCGUCGGAUGCUACAAGCAUUGACAAUGCCACCAAACCGGAGCGGGUGGCAGGUGUGGUUGCUGCUUCCAAUCAUAGUCGUUCGAGGCGCUCAACUAGCUCAACAACGGGUGCCGCCUGCAUGCACGAUGCACGCUUCUAUCGGAAUCCAAAUCGGGCGGUGCACAAGAUUUGGACGAACAGUGAGUGCGCCAAGUAUUUCCUGUGCCUGGAUGGCGAAGUCUUUGAGUUCAAGUGCUCCGAGGGUCUGCUCUUUGAUGUCCUACGUCAGAUCUGUGACUUCAAGGCGAAUGUGGAUAAUUGUGACAUCAGCGCAGAGACGCCGGCACCGAAACCACUCCUCGAGAUGGCCGAUUGUGUGGAUGAGCAGCAGCUGGGCUGUGCCGAUGGCACCUGUCUGCCACAGGACUACUUUUGCGAUGGCUCCGUCGACUGCCCCGAUGGCUCCGAUGAGGGAUGGUGCGAUGUAGAUCAUGAUCCGAAUGCAGCUGGCGCUUGUGAUCCACGCAAGUGUCAGUUGCCCCACUGCUUCUGCUCGAAGGAUGGCACACAAAUACCAGGCAAUCUGUUGGCACAGUCUGUGCCACAAAUGAUUCUGUUGACCUUCGAUGAUGCCGUCAAUCACGAGAAUUGGGAACUGUUCUCCAAGGUGCUGUUCACACCCAAUCGACGCAAUCCCAAUGGUUGUCCCAUACGCAGUAGCUUCUAUGUCUCACAUCCGUACACCAAUUAUCAGUAUGUGCAGAAACUCUGGAACGAUGGCCACGAGAUUGCCGUCCAUUCAGUGACUCAUCGUGGGCCGGAGUUGUGGUGGUCCAAGAAUGCCACCAUUGAGGAUUGGUUCGAUGAGAUGGUUGGCCAGGCGAACAUCAUAAAUAAGUUUGCGGGCGUUCGCAUGGAUGAGAUUCGGGGCAUGCGUGUGCCCUUCCUGCGUGUGGGCUGGAACCGGCAGUUUCUGAUGAUGAAGGAAUUUGGCUUUGUCUACGAUGCAUCGAUGGUUGCACCAUACUCGAAUCCACCACUCUGGCCCUACACACUAGACUUUAAGAUGCCGCACAGUUGUCUGGGCACCAAUCAGAAUUGCCCGACGCGCAGUUACCCAGGCAUCUGGGAGUUGGUCAUGAAUCAGCUGGAGGCUGGCGCCGGGGAAUACAAUUGUGGCAUGGUCGACAGUUGUCCACCGCAUCUGACGGGCGAUGAUGUCUAUCGCAUGUUGACCUACAACUUUAAGCGACACUAUCUGAGCAAUCGGGCGCCAUAUGGACUCUAUUUUCACUCCACGUGGUUCAAGAAAAUCGACUAUCUGAAUGCCUUUCUGAAAUUCUUGGAUGAUAUGCAGAAGCUGCCGGAUGUGCAUUUCGUGACCAAUCAGCAGGCCAUACAAUGGAUGCGCCAACCGACGCCCAGUAACCGCCUGCAUCAGUUCGAGCCGUGGCGCUGCCCGCCCAAACAGCUGGAGCCGCAUGAAAUGGUCUGCCCGAUGCCAAAUGUGUGCAAGGUGCGCAGUCGGGUGCUGCAGGAGGAUCGCUUUUUCUACACGUGCAUGGAGUGCCCGGCCCAGUAUCCCUGGAUACGCAACGAAUUCGGUCUAGAAUAG